ACUUUUCUCUGUUUUGCUUUCAACUUUCUCUGUGAUAUCUUUUGAUAUCAUUUGAUAUCAAUUGAUAUCAACAGAGAAAACUUAAUAUUUUAUCUUUCGAGACCCCCUGACAUUGAUGACGCGCACAAGCAUAAAACUAAAAGCCAAGAGAUGACGUUUGGCAUCGGACGUCGCGGGGGACAACAUGGCAUAGAGGAGACUAUCAUGUGCAGCUGUCAAUGUAUUGUUCAUCCGAUGACAUUGCUUCUGGUUCCGCUGAUGCACGACGUGUGUCAACGCUUUCGGUACAACACAAUGCAAUGGUUUUUUCAGGAGCACAUGGUGGCUAUUUUUUGGGCUUGCUUGGCCCCCCGCUUCGUUUCUGUAGCGCUUGCGCAGUUGUUUGGAAUUUUCUUCACUGGGACCUGACGAGAGGGUCAAGAGAAGCUUUAUUUGCGGCCACCUCCACCUCCUCCUUGUUCACAACAUUUUGUAUGCAAAUAUAUGAAUGUCGGUAUUUGCGAUUUGGAAGUUCUUGGUAGAAAUUGAAAUUGAGAUACAAAGUCGAGAUCGAGAUAAAAUGUAACUUUAAAGAGCGUGGUCCUCUACCCACUGCUACAUCCAUGUGACGUCUUUCUCCUGAAGGGAGCAGCAGCAUUCCACGACUCCAGCCCCGGCAGGAUCAUGACUAUGACUCAGCGCACUUUGCUCUCCGAUCCUCUGCUGGAGGACAACAAGAGUGGCGGUACCAGUCCCGACAAAAGCUCCGCAGCUACAGCGACGACCUUGCACCCUCCGCUUGAUCAGGUCGAUGCCGAGACGGAAGAGAGGGUCCCGGAGGAGCCGGGAGAGCUGCGGAAGGUUAUCGUCUCCUUUUCCGUUCCGGUGCUGAUCCGACUGGUGGCGACGAACAUCCUGAUUGUGCUCCAGACCGCCUACCUUGGGCAUUGCGGCGUACUCUACCUCGGAGCGUCCGCGCUCGGGGAUAUCGUGACCAACACGGCCGGGAUCUGUCUCCAGUCGCGCGUGAGCCGGAACUUCAUGGCGCUCGCCUACGGGGCGGGAAAGUUUAGAGAAGUCGGACUCUGGCUGUACACCAGCUGUGUGGCGUUGACGAUCGUUUUGAUUCCGGUGCUGAUCCUGUUCAACAGCGUUACCUUCAUGCUGGAAUCCGUGUUCGACGUCGAGCCCAGCCUCGCCGAGCUCGGGGGCUACUACCAGAGUCGCAUGUCCUGGGCACUCCCGGCCACGACGUACUUUUUGGAAUUCAUCAACUUCUUCGCGGCCCAGGGAGAAACCGAGCCGGGCGUCACGGCGCUGUGCCUCGCGGUCUUCUGUCUCGUCUCGCUCGGCAGCCAGUUCAUCUUUGGCAUUCCCCUCGGGGAUACGUACGACUACUCGACCACGAUGACGGCCAAGAUUGGCGGCCCGCUUGCAAGUGUAAACACCGACGGAGUUGCGGGCGUGGUGGUACCAACAAAAACCAUCGACCAUUCCAUUCCGAUUGGCGGGUUUGGGUUCUACGCGGUUCCCGUCGUGUGGUCUGCGGUGAAUUGGAUCACCUGCUUUUUCGUGCUGGGCUACUACUGCGGCUGGAAGAAAUGGCACAGGAAAUGCCUCAACUUCUCCCCCUGUGGGGUUUUCUCCAAAAUAUGGAGCCAAAAGUACCUGGGCGAGUACUUCCGCCGAUUUCUCCCGAGCCAGGCCGCGUUAGCGAGCGACUUUUUGCGGCUUUCCUUUCUCUCCGCGGUGGUCGCGAAAAAUACGGGGACCACAAGUCUCUCGGUCUUCAAGUCCACGCUGGCCGUCACCCUGGGCUUGACCAGCUGCACCUACGCCCUCGCGACCGGCGCGUCGCGCUUUCUCGCCGUGGCGCUCGGCAGUCUGAGCGAGCCGGGCGCGCGCCAGGUGUUCCGCCAGUCCAUGGGCUUGGAGUUUCUCUUCGUCGUCUUCAAGGGGAUCUGUGUCUACGCUUUCUGCCCGUGCAUCGCGGCCUUCUUCUCCGAGGACCCCGCCUUUCUCGCGCAGUUCGAACUCAUCCGGCUUGCACUCGCGAUACAGGGGCCGCUCCAAUGUCUAGCGCUGUUCUGCGAAGAGGUCCUGGUCACGCUGCAGAAAAACCGCUUGCUCUUCUGCGUGUCCCUGACCAGCAGCUGGGUGGUGCAGGUCCCGUUUGUGUGGUACGUUGUGUCAAACGCGCAGAUGUUUGCCGGCGUCUUGCGGCUGACCGGACAAGCGAGCGACGAUGAUCACGUGGAUGCGGCGUUCCCGCUCGUGUACUGGUCGCAAGCGAUUGCGUAUCUGCUGUAUUUGUCCUUCUACCUGUUUUACUUUUCGUGCUUCCUGGACUGGUCCAAGGAAAUCAGGCUGAAGCGACAAGAGCUGUUACUCCGACGCACCGUCGCUGCCGCCGCGAUCGACAUUGCGCCGGCGGACGUGAAGAACGAAAAUGUGUGACUGUGCUGCGCGCAGAAUUUUACUUACAUACAACGACGCUUGUUUUCGGACUGUCUAUCCCCCCUCGUCAAAUGCAAUGGGAUAUUACAACAGGGUGGCUCCGUUUAAGAUGAAAAGUAGCAUGAUGCCAGAUUUGUGAACUCCAGACUCUGGUGGUGUUGUGGAUAAUAAUCCCGUCUUUCUUUUGCUCACGUGCUAAUUCGCUGGUCUUUUUACCUCCAUCCGCCGCACAUACUGCACAGGAUAAGGAAGGCGAGGAGUUAGGAUCGCAAAAAGAAUGUGAUGAGAUAAAGACAUGCAGGUGUUGACAUUGUGGUAAAAUUAAAAACGAAAACGAGUGACACACGACGUUGCAUAAUAUCAACCAACAACUUGUUUUAACACGGUCGCAGAGAAGUAGUGACAGCUCCGCACAAGAGAAAAAAAACUAAAGAAGAUAAGAGAUGCCGGGGAUGGUUCGACGGCGGAGCAGGU